UCGUCAGACUCGAAACAGCGCUUCCUGUCGCAUAAAUGACGUAUGCGCGUUUUCUGUAGUUUGCAAGAGAAAAGGACAGUUGUUGAUCAAAAUGGUGCGUAAUUGUGCGUACCCUGGCUGCCUAAACCUAUUUAAAAAAAUAAGAUUACGUUCGAAACCACGAUCUGAACGGGAAAGAUUGACUUUUCACCGAUUCCCAACCUUUGAUCCACAUCGACUGGAAAUCUGGUUACUUGCUCUACAGCUGGAUACCAACACACCCAUGAGAAAGUUAAAAGCAUGGAGGAUCUGCAGUGAUCAUUUUACCCCUGAUGAUUUCAGAGUCACCCUAGGGGGUCGAAUAUUGCUGAAAUCAACAGCUGUACCAAUAGUUUAUUCACAAGGAAGUGAGCAUACUCCAGAUGAUGCAUCUCAAUUACAAACCUGCAAAGAGGAAAACAUUGAUGAAGAGACAAGUGCACAAGGUGCAGGAAUUGCAUUGGAAGAUGUUGGACAGUCAACACUCGAGCAACAAAUGAACACUGCUGUUGAAACAGCUCUUGCACAACAAGCGAAAUUGCAAAAAUAUUUUCUCCUAUUAAGUAAUCCACAAUUGUUAAAGUACGGGCCAUAUUUUCCUCUUCCGUCUGUACGGACUUAUAAUUCAGACGAACCAAGUAUAAACCAUGAAGAGGAGCCCGAUGGAAACCUUGACCUACAUGUUAACAUGCCAUCAUCAGAUCCACCAUCUCAAAUGGAUGCUAGCAUUAUUGCACUUAGUUCCACUUCUGACUCAACUAUGACAACUAAAACAGAAGAAGAGGAUGAUGAAAGGUCAUGUAUAAAAAGGAAAUGGACUACAGAUGAGUCGACUGUGAUGACUCUGUUUCGAAGAUGUCAAGAGUGUGGUGCAUUGAUCACCAAAACAAAACAAGUUAAAUCUGGGAGCCUCAUCACUGUUCAUUGGGAAUGUGAACGAAGACAUAAGGGGCAGGGGAAGUUUUCUCUCCGUUGACAAACAAUUUUUGUCAUAGUUUUUUAUCAGCAACAUUUCAUAUGCAUUUGGCAAAUGCUUUUAUACAAAGCGACUUAAACUGCAUCACAAGAUAUAAUUUUUGUUCAGUACAUUUCAGUAUGGGUUCGAACUCAUAAACUUUUGCAGUGAUAACGCAAUGCUUUACCACUGAGGUAUACAGGAACAAGUUCACUGGUGAAAAAAAUUAGUUUAUGAUGACAGGUGCUAAUGUUUUUUUUUAAUGCUACUUUUAGUUGUUUAUCUUACCCUAGCUGGGGAAUUUUCACUAAACUUGAAACGCUAAAUAAACCAAGAGAAACCAUCACUGUCAUGUAUUGGAUUAAACAUGUGACUUGGAGAUUGUGAACUAAACUCAACAUCAAUAAAAGCCAAAAGAAUGUCCUGUAUUUAAUGUAAAAAGAUUGUAAAUUAUAAGACUCAUGGACAUGUGAGAAGUUACAAGUUUCACUUUUUACUCAGAUGAAGAACACUUGCAUAUUGUACUUUAUUUUUGUGCACUAAUUUGGUACCUAAUAGACUAAAAAAUUAUUCUUUCGUACUUCUUAAGAUAAUCUUAAAAACAUCUUAGUGUACUUAUUUGUGCUAUUUUGAGACACCAUUAAUAUGAACUAAUAUGUGCUAAAAAUGUAUUUAAAAUGUAUUUAGAUAGCACUUGUAGUACUUGAACCCAUCUUUGUAUGAAAGUUUGGUAAAGUUUAAUACAAGUGUUAGCUAAAUAAUUUUUUUAAAACAGAGAUGGAUCAUAUUCAUGCUGUUUCAAAAUAACACACAUAUGGGAAUCUGAAAAAUUGGGAAUGUGAACAAAAACAUAAGGGGCAGGGGAAAUCAGUUUCAUUUUCGAUGACAAAAAUAGGUUGUUCACAUUUUUUCACUGACAAAUAAAAGAGAACAAAAAA